GGGUUUCGCCUAAAUUUAAACGCACACACUUUUUUUUUUUAACUUGCUUAUUUUGAUUUCUAAAUUCGUUUCUUCUUAUUUCGUGAACGUGGAUCACCAAACGAAGUGUAAUACUGAGUAAAGGAAUAUAAAUAACACGUACAAUCUGAAGACUAGAGUAGUAAUUUGUUCUACUAAAGACUAAUUUUUGCAAUGUUAGAGCAAGACCAUUCUUCACAAUUUUUCUAACAAUUUUACAAAUUAAAGUAUCAAAGUAGUCGAAGCUGUCGUCCUCUGAGGCCUCAGCAAUGGUUACAGUAUUGUAAUUCAGUGCGUGAUGGGCAGUAAUGAAUGUAAACCAAAUCCAGUUAGUUUUACGCUGUUGUGGACGCUUUCAAGCUAUCAAACAUGCCAAAUCAGUCCAUUCUCAUAUAAUAAAACUUGGCCUUCACAAUCAUCUUUUUCUCCUAAAUAACAUGAUCUCUGUCUAUGUAAAGUGUUCCCAUUUCGAUGAUGCACGAACCCUUUUCGACAAAAUGCCUCACAGGAACAUAGUUUCUUGGACCACGAUGGUCUCUGCUCUCACCAAUUCUGGGAGAGCCCACGAGGCCCUCGCACUCUACACCCACAUGCUCAAAUCCAAAACUCUGCAACCCAAUCAGUUUCUUUACUCUGCGGUUCUCAAGGCUUGUGGUCUUGUGGGAGAUGCUGAAUUGGGCAAGUUGAUUCACCGACAUAUAACUCAGGCUAAGUUAGAGUUUGACACUGUUCUGAUGAAUGCCCUCUUGGAUAUGUACGUCAAAUGUGGGAGUCUGAAGGAGGCAAAACAAGUUUUCUAUGAAAUCCCGUGUAAAAAUUCUACUUCUUGGAACACCCUUAUACUUGGGCAUGCUAAAAAUGGUUUGGUGAAUGAUGCGCUGAAUCUGUUUGAUCUAAUGCUGGAACCGGAUCUUGUGUCUUGGAACAGCAUCAUUACUGGUCUUGCAGAAAAUGCAAGUCCUCGUGCUUUACAAUUUAUUUCCAUGAUGCACAUGAAGGGCUUUAAACUUGAUGAAUUUACAUUCCCGUGUGCCCUCAAAGUUUGUGGUCUUCUUGGCGAGUUAACCAUGGGGAGACAGAUUCAUUGUUGUGUUAUCAAGUCAGGGUUCGAGUGCAGCCGUUAUUGUAUAUCAGCAUUGAUUGAUAUGUAUUCAAAUUGCAAGCUAUUGGAUGAAGCGAUGGAAAUAUUUGAUCAAUUGUUCUGUCACUCUUCUCUUGCUGAAAGCUUGGCACUUUGGAAUUCUAUGCUUUCUGGGUAUGUUGCCAAUGAAGAUUAUGCAAGGGCUCUCAGUCUGAUUGCUCGUAUGCAUCAUUCUGGCGCACAUUUUGAUUCCUAUACCUUUAGUAUUGCUUUGAAGGUCUGCAUCUAUUUCCAUAACUUGAGAUUGGCAUCUCAAGUGCAUGGAUUGGUCACUGCUAGUGGCUAUGAAUUAGAUUAUGUAGUUGGAAGCAUUCUUGUUGAUCUAUAUGUGAAACAGGGCAAUAUUAGCAUAGCAUUAAGAUUGUUUGAUAGGUUGCCUGAUAAAGAUGUCGUAGCUUGGUCUAGUUUGAUUGCUGGUUGUGCUAGAUUUGGUUCGGGUGCAUUAGCUUUUUCCCUCUUUAUGGAUAUGGUUCAUUUGAAUCUUGAGAUUGAUAAUUUUGUCCUUUCAAUUGUUCUAAAAGUUUCUUCAAGUUUUGCAUCUCUUCAAAGUGGUAAGCAAAUUCAUUCUGUCUGUCUUAAGAAAGGGUAUGGAUCAGAGAGAAUUAUUACAACUGCUCUUAUCGAUAUGUAUGCAAAAUGUGGUGAGAUUGAGGAUGCCUUAGCUUUGUUUCAUUGUCUCUCUGAAAUAGAUACCAUGUGUUGGACAGGGAUUAUUGUGGGAUGUGCACAAAAUGGAAGAGCAGAUGAGGCAAUUAGUCUUUUGCAUAAGAUGAUAGAAUCUGAUACAAAACCAAAUGAAAUCACCAUUCUAGGUGUUCUUACAGCAUGUAGACAUGCUGGCUUAGUUGAGGAGGCAUGGACUUUGUUUAAGUCCAUUGAAACACAGCAUGGAUUGACACCAUGCCCAGAGCAUUACAAUUGUAUGGUUGAUAUACUUGCUCAAGCAGGACGUUUCAAAGAAGUAGGAAAAUUGAUUAACGACAUGCCAUUUAAGCCUGACAAAACCAUAUGGUGCUCCUUGCUUGGUGCCUGUGGAACUCACAGGAACCGACAUCUUGCAAAUAUUGUUGCCAGGCAUCUUCUUACCACCUCACCAGAAGAUGCUUCUGUAUAUAUAAUGCUGUCAAAUGUUUAUGCGGCUCUUGGAAUGUGGAAUAAUUUAAGCAAAGCAAGAGAAGCUUUAAAAAAAGUAGGCAUGAAAGGAGCUGGAAAAAGCUGGAUCCAGAUCUCUAAUUGAGAUUGCUGGUUUUGUGAAUGGCUCGGUUCAGCUAACUUAAUUCCUCAUGCAUAAGACAUUUCCAGACGAGUCACUGAUUGUUCAUGGUUAUAUGGAAUUUCUUGACUGAAAUCUGAACUGUGAAAGAGAAUCUUUAUGUUUGGGUAACCGUGUCAGUUCAAUUGAAAGGUACAAGCACAGAAAUGUUAAAAUUUAAAUGAUAUCUAGAUGGAGGAUAUUACACCAAAGAAGAUUAAGUACAAGGAAUGCUGCAGGCAGUUCAAUCCGAUAAGCAUUUAUACUGGCUAUUACCAUGAGGUUUCACACAUCCUACGUCUGCCUCACCGAAGGAAAAGACGUCAUCAGGGCUCAUCUCGUCUUUUAGCGUGGUUGAGCCGCUUCACAUUUUUGGCAUGUGGUAAGAUUGAUUUAUAUUAUUUGAGAAAUUCCAGUAACAGUUUUUUUGUUUUUUUAAAGAUAUACUCUGUUAUUGGUUAAUAAUCUAAAAUGUCAAUUAGUUUGUAAGCACGUCACCUUUUAAAGAGUGUUGAAUUUUUAGAGAAUGAACUAAAUAAUAAAGAUUUUAUGUUGCUAGUAUUCAUCGUUUUAUUUUGCACGUUUAGUGGUAAAAUUGCCAUUGUUUUUUUUUUUUCUUUUUUCAGUGAAUUAUCUCAGUAAGUACUUUUAAGAGGGCUUGAUGUAUAUAAUAACAUAAUAAUUGCCUACAUUUUAAUGCCAAUUUUUGAGUUUUUAGGUU